AUGACCACACCAAACCUUCAAAGCCAAUCCCCAGCUGUGGAUUUUAUAGAAAAUCAUUCAGCUGAAUUUCAUUCGGGCUUUAUGGUACCAGCAUCACGGUACGACUUCCACCUUGGUGCAUUUAUAGUCACCACAACGCAACCGGAACGAUAUUCACCUCCGAACCUCGAAGCGUUGCCAGGCUCGAAUACCCCUGAAUUGGAGGAACCAGCUGACGCAGCGGAAGAGAUCCCGUCAAGACCUCUAGCAAAGCCUGCCGAAGCAAUGAAAUUCUGGGAUGCCAUUUUCCCCCUGGCGAUGGCGAAGUUCGGGAAUGAAUCCCCAGAAGAACCAAAAAAUCGUAUCAAGACCGGGUACAGCAUUCGCAACAAGAAGGGUUGGAAAGAUGUAUAUGACCAGCUUGAACGUGCUAGAGCAGUCUAUACGUCAAAUAAAGGAAUUAAGGGGUUCACAAGGAAGAUUUAUCGGGGUUUUGCUGAAGGGGCAGCCCAGCCCACCUUAGGGGUGAUCAAAUUGAUCCCCGAUAAUGACUACCUUACUACCCCCGUUCUAGGAGCUGUUCAGGUCAUACUCGAGUCAGCCAAGUUCGCAGCAAAAACGCGAAAAGAGAUACUCAGUGGAUUUGAUGAUCUUGACCUCAUGUUUUCCGAAGUCGAACUUUUUAUCGAAACUUUCCCACGAGACGAAAAUAUUCAGAACGCAUCCGUGGAUCUAGUGGUCGCCGUAUUAGCUGCCGUGGAAUCUGUUAUUGGCUUCCUAAUCCAACAUUCGAGGGCCCUAGCUGCCACUUUCAAUGGAAAGGAAUAUCAAAGUCACGUAAAGGAUCAUCUCGAGCGUGUGAAGUCCGCCAGCGCAAAUCUCAUCCGUCAAGCCUCGAACUCCAAAACAUACAAUGACAGCCAUCUGAUGCAGGAGAUACUAGCACGGACACAAAGGUGGAGAGAAGCAUUUGAUAUAAUUAAGGCUUCUCAGCAGCAUAUACAGCAGGGCCAAACUCGCAUAAGAUACGGCCAAAGUCAGCUACAGCAUAACCAAGUACUACUCGGAAAGGAGUUUCAUCAGACACGGAACUUGUUUUGCAAUAUUCUCAAAAAUUGCGUACCUGAACUAUUGAGUAAUAUUUCUUACGGUAUUUCAUCCGUUCUUUCGAAUGUUUUUUCUUUUGAAGACAGUUGCUUAAGUCUAGGCGUUAUAGAAGUUGAGCGACGCGCGUACGAACGACUUAAUAGCAUCAUUGCAUUGCGACCUAAAACGCCAUCCUCUCUUAUUGAGUUAACGAAUAGUAUUUUCGUAACGCGUCAAUAUGUCCUCGAUCUUUUGAAUACGCCGGAUCUUCCUUCUAAAGAUCUUGAGUAUAUCAACAGUAGAAGACAACUAUGGGUGUCUUCGAAAGAACUUGCUCGCGCCGAGAGUCUUGUUCAGGAGAAGCAGGUCAAAGAAUGGCUCGUGGCACCAGAGUCGUCCCAGCUUCUUAUUCAUGGAGGCUACGAGGACGUUCUGUACGUCUCCGGGCUCUCGCUAUUUUGUGCAUCCGCCGUCGAGUCACUUAUAGGAAGGGCUCCUAACUUCGUCUGUCUGUAUUUCUUUUGUGGCCUCCACCUGGAUGACCUGAACGAUAAACACACGGGGGGACUUACAAUGCUCAAAGUUUUCAUAUGCCAAAUUCUCUGCCAGUACGAUAUCGAUACGAAAAUGCUGGCGGGUAUCAUGAAUGAAGAUCACGUCAAGCAUGAUGACAUCCUUGAGCUGAGCCAGUUAUUAAGGUGGCUAGUCGCCCAAUUGCCUAACGAUGUCAUUGUUUUCUGGUUCAUUGACGGAGCAGAGUACUACGAGCGGAAGGAGUUUGAGUUGGACUUUGGGCAUACCCUGACCACCAUUUUGGAUAUAUCGGUCUCAGAGGCUACCCAAGCUGUCGUCAAAGUCUUGGUCACAAGCCCUACAAGAACAUUCCUUGUCCAAGAGCCUUUUAGAGAAAGAGGCCUUAUCCUUAAUUUGCAGUCCAGGCUUUCCUCUCAGUCCACGCCUAGCAGGUAUAGACUCGAGAGGCAACUUGGGGAAGAGGCAAAUAAUGUUUUGAACGAGCAAAACAGGACAUCUUUUAACUAA